GGCUGGUCCUGAGAGUCGAGGAUGAUAUACCUCAUGCCACAAGAUCCGACAGCUCCUAUCGCCGUGGACCAAGCCGAAAAUAACGACCACCUCACAGCAGCGCUCGCUAUUUCUGGGUCGGCGAACGGCGACCCUGAAGUCGACUUCUCCCGAGGAUGACACGAAUGCAACGUGCUUAACCACCUUCUUGUCAACUACGCAAACCUGAUCACCCACAAACACGACAUACGAACCGAUCAGCAUGGGCUUUUUCCACCACGACGAUUCCGACGAGCGAAGGGCUUAUGAGCAGGUCGACCGAGAGGGCUCCACUUCCCACGAGCUCGUAGCCGGUGCAGCCAGUUUCAUGGCCAUGAGGGCUUACGAGAAGAAGCAAGAACGAGAGGGAAAGCCCGAGAGCUGGGAGACUGCUAAAGAGAUUAUCGCUGCUAUUGCCGGAGCUGAGACCGACAAGUUGAUCGAGACCAAAGGACUCGACGAGGUCGAUCGAUUCGAAGCUAGACGACGAGCCGAGGAGAACGCGAAGCAUGCGUUGGCGAAGAGCGGACAGUUUGGGGAUGUCGAGUACCGUCGUGAGGGCCACCACAACAACGGCGGUGGUUAUCGAAACGAGGGCAACUACGGGGAGCAGGGAAACUACGGGAACCAGGGCAACUAUGGGAAUCAGGACAACUACGGCAACCGAGGCAAUUGCGGGAACCAGGGUGGCUACAGGAACGAGGGCAACUAUGGCAACCAGGACAACUAUGGUAACCAGGGCAACUACGGCAACCGUGAUUAUUAAUAUGGUCGCACAUAUCGGUCAACCCGUUUGGCGUUCGAUUUUCGACAUGCAGUGUGCUGAGGCGAAAGUAAAAGUUGUAGUGAUUUUAGUGAACAGCAAAGAAUGAAUCGACGAAAGUCCUCAAUCGAACCCUCCCAAGCUAAUUGCGUCAUAUCGUAGACACCCGGAUAUCUGGUCUCGAUCGAUAGGGACAGUGUAUCAUUCGUGACGAUUUCGCCUUUCACGACGUAUGCC